AUGAAUAGCUACAUUUAUACAGGAACAUUUUCUUAUAAGGACGAAGUUAGCCUUCUCAACAUUUUUAUCGCAGCCGAUGAAAUUGAAUUAUUUGAACCUAGACAACAAGUUGAAAAACGCUUGCUUGAAACUGAAUCUGCUUGGAAAUUCCCUGAAGACUUUAUUAAAAUAUAUAAUGAUUUAACUAAAUGGACGCAAACUGAUUUUGAAGAACUUGAGAAAGUUCUACAUAAUUGUAUUCCUCAUAUUAGAUUUCAUGAACUAUCAUUUAAAGAAUUUCGUUUAGUUGAAACUCAGUAUAAAAAUAUUCUACCAAAUAAUCUUCUCGAUGAAACUUAUCAAUAUUGGUUAGAUCCUAAAAAACAGGAUGCUUUACCAAAAAGAAUAUCAGCAUAUCCUUUUGAUUCUAAAAUUAUCAAUGCUAAAGACGCUGCAUUAAUAGCAAGUUGGAUUGAUAAAAAACAAGGAAUGCCUUAUCGGUUUAAAAAUAUGCCUUUCGAAUUUGAACAAAAGGCAAUCACUUGGUGUAUGGCCAGAGGACCAUGUUUCGGUUACCGAGAUUUGUGGAUAGAACAUAAUAGUUCACAAAGAUCUGCUGUUGGUAUAAGUAAUCAACACUCUUACGAAAAUGGAAUUAUUGAUAAAGAGACAUUUGAAAUCGAAGAAUAUGAAGUAUUUCAAAUUAUUUAUAAGAGAUUCUCAUUUAGAAUAAUGUUUAAUAGAAUAUUUAAAUUUAUUUUGAGAAUAUUUUUAUUGAGUUCAAGAUUUAUUUUGAGAACACCUAAGUUUAUAAUGUCAAAAAUAUAUAGGAGAGAUUCUACGAUACCUACUUAUAGGAGAGAUUCUACGAUACCUACUUAUAGGAGAGAUUCUGCGAUACCUACUGGUUCACUCUCUAAAUUUCGUAUUGUCGUUCUAUAUUCUUUUAUAUUUUUUAUGCUAUUGAAUUCCUUUACGAUAAUUGAACUUAUUAGCAGUGGUAGUGUUUUGGCUCAAAUUCUUGCGACAUCAUCUUUUGUUGUUGCUAUCGUUACUAUGCUCAUAUCUGUUGGGCCUGGAGGACUUGCAUUUUCAGAAAUGCCUGAUCGAUAUGAAUUCAGAAUGAUCUAG